AUGGUGCUAGUUAAAAAAUACCAUCUGCCGCCUACGGCUCUGAUGCCCAACUCGCCGAACCCUCUGCUGUACUACCCCGGCUACUUUGCUGAGCAAAAAGGCCUCCCCAAGACUCUUCACCAGAUCUUCGACGACAACGGGUGGGAAACCCAAUGGAUCUACCGCUACGGCCCGACGCAGCGCUCUCAUUACCAUGCCACCGUUCACGAAUGCAUGGUCGUGCUUUCUGGCACAGCAACUAUCCGCUUCGGGGUGGCAGACCUUUCCGAGAACAUGGUAGAAAAUACGUGGGGGACCGCCAGAGAGGCUGGGGGAAUAGAGAUUAAGGCCAGGGCUGGCGAUGUAUUUGUGCUCCCGGCCGGCACGGCGCACAAAACCUUUGAUACGAAGCCGGCGAGGUCGUUCACGUUGCUCACGCCUGGCGAUGGGCAUCUCAUUCCUGGCGGGGACGUAGGAGCAGUACUGGAGGAGACGGAGCAGCGGUUGGAGGGCUUUACCAUGAUGGGGGCGUACCCGGCUGAGCGGCGAGACUGGAAUACUCAGAGAGGAGGGGAGGAUUUCGGUGCUUAUCAGAGGGUCUGGUCGGUCCCUAAACCUGCCCUUGACCCGGUACUUGGGCAUUCCCAGGAGGGGCUGUUUGGACAGUGGUCGGAUUAUGGCCUUUCUGCUAAGCUCUGA